AUGCGCGAGGAAUUGGUCGAGAAUGGGCUCAAGUUCCUCCAGCACCCGAGCGUUCAGUCGACGCCGCUGUCCGAGCGCGCGACGUUUCUAGAAGGCAAAGGGAUGACGAAAGAAGAGAUUCAGGCGGCGAUUGAGCGCCACGAGAAGAGCGGCACAGCGGCAGCGCCGAAUUCGUUGCCACUGCAACAACAGCAGAUACAUUCGCAACGAGCACAACAAGCAGUGGGUCUCGGAGCGAUGCCGACAUCUGCAGCAGUGCCGAUGAUGCCAUACCGUGCCCAGUAUCCGGCCUAUGUUCGCGUGCUCUGGACAGUGUCGUCCCUCAUUGGUGCCGCUUCGAUCGUCACGUUCAUUUGGAACUACGCAGUCGAUUUGGGAUACAUUCCGUGGCUGCGGCCGACUCCGUUGUUGUUAAAGGCAUCUGCCGUGCAGGAAGAAAAGGAAAAUGCAGCCAAGAAAGAUGAGGCGCUGUUGGCGGAGCUGUCGAGUGUAGCAGCAGCGAUUCAGGAGCAGACGAACGAACUGGCGAAACUGACAAGAUCGUUGGACGAAAAGGAACGUGAUUUGCAGAACAAGACGCUGUUAGAUGCGCAUGUGAAUAGUACAUUGCGUGAGCACGGCAACGCGCAGUCCAUCGCGGAGUUGAGGGCUGAGAUAUCGACGCUCAAAGCACUGUUGCUUGCAAAAAGGACGAAGAGCACGAGCGACGUGGAUGCAAAUGUGAAGGCGACUAGUGAAGACGCAACGAGGGAAAGCCUGUCGACUCGUGAGGCUACUGAUGGCUCGACCCUAGUAGAUAGACAGAAGCAACAACCUGCUGUGGUAUCUCAUACGAUGCAAAAGGCUGAGCGGAUGCAAACGGCGUUGAAGAAGCUUCGUACUGAGAAUUCGCUGGGCCAGCUCAAGUCGGCAGCGGGCAUUCUCAGUAUGUACGUCAAGAAUCUUGUCGAGAAUCCUGAUGUGCCCCGGUAUCGCCGGAUUGCUCCUGGCAACGCAAACUUCAAGCAAAAGGUUGAGCCUCUCAAGCAUCAUGAGGAGCUUCUCAAGUCCAUUGGAUUCGAGGCAGCAGGUCUGAACCUGGAGUGGAAAUGGCACGCGGCGAGCAAAUCGACCGGAGCGUUUGAUGAGAACAUCGCUAUCCUGCGUGCACUACUGAAGGCUCUUCAGUCGCUUGCAAGUGCGGACGCUUGUUCUAAUCUAUCGCUCGAGGAAAUCGCGCACGCGAGUCUGGAAGAGUUCUAUGCUCAGCGAGACCAGAAGAGGACAGAAACGGCCACGAUGAAUAGUACGAGUACGAAUACUGUCAGCGGCCCCGCCUUUGUCGAGGAGCAGUGUUCAGCGACACAAGAAAGCACCACUGAACGAAUGUUCAGUAGUAGCCGCGUGUCGUCAGAUCCCACUUCCACGAGCUUCAAUGCGUUCAUGGCACGCUUGGAACAGCAGACCAGCGUCAGCAAUGCCGUUAACGCCGGUGGUCUUGAGUCGGACGCCAUCCCGACCUCUUCUAGAGUAAAGUCUAGAGACGACGAAGACAAGAUGAUGCCCGACUCAGCGACUAACUCGACCGUGGCGGCUGAUGGGCCGUCGUACCCGACGUCAUUCAAGGAGGUGGUGGCUUGCAUUCAGAAGGGCGAGACGGUGCCGGGUAUCCGUGACAUUGAGGACAAGUUGUCUGUAGAUGCGAGUGCGUUGCUCAGCGAUCGGAUGAAGGCUGGCGAGGCGACUGCAGCUAAGCCUUGGGAGCAACUUCAGGCAUAG